CCCCAAACCACGAUCGACUCAAAUCCCGUUACACUCAGCAUUGAGUACGAAGAUGGUGAUGUCAUCUUACGAACCGACGACACAGAUUUCCGGGUUCACACCUUGAUCCUUCGACAAGCCUCGCCAUUUUUUCAUUCCCUGUUUACCCUACCUCAACCUCCAGACUCCAAGGCGACACCGAUCGUUCCCAUGGAGGAGGAUUCCAAAGUCCUGCACACCCUCAUUCGCCUCAUCUAUCCCGUUCGUUACAAGUUGUCCAUCGACAAUCUCCCAUUCGCGACACGACUACUUCGAGCAGCGAUUAAACUACAGAUCGAAUGCGCCAUCGACCCUAUUCGCGAAUCUACUACGCAACUAUUGAGAAAGGAACCUAACCCUCUUCGUGCGUGGGCUCUGGCGAAACACCUAGGCAAUAAAGAGGCGGAAGAGGAAGCCGUACUGCGAUAUAUUAAAUGCGAUACUCCCUCAUUGUUGCGGAUGCGGGUUGCCGAAAUGAGGUCCAUUGACGCAUUAGAUUAUUUCGAUCUUAUGAAGCGUCGAGAAGACGCUCUUCAAGAAGCAGAGACAGCUAUUGAAAACACUGUGUGGGCAUGUUCGAGAUGCAGAGGGACCCCGGCGUGGAGGCGUUGCUACGAAGAUGCGAUAGCAGGAUUAAAUCCGUUCAGCGGGGACGUCGCCUCUGAUCAACUUUUUGAAUUGUCUGCGUAUAGGUCUGGCUGCACAAAUUGUGUCGACAGCAUCCAUGACCGGAACAGACGUCCUGUAUCUGUGUCACCCAGCGACCUGCGCGCACGUCUAGGUGAAAUCUUGUUGAAAUAUUCGCCUUAGAGACCGUGGUAGGUUGUGAUAUACGCAUCAUGGGGACUCAAUCAGUUUCAUUUUGGCUGUACGUUGUCUAUC